CCUAACGCGGAAAUUGCCCAUACCACAGAGACUUUUAAGGUUGAUUUAAAAGCAGAAAAUUCAUGAACUGAUAAGAGAACAUCAGCGAAGGGAAAGUGAAGAUUGCAGAUCUUUGAAAAGUCUUAUCUUUGCUAGAAUCGGAAUGGCUGCUGGGAAAUAUCAAGAAUCCUACUCUUCUCGAUUUUCUAAUUGUAAAUAUCAAGUGUUCUUGAGUUUUAGAGGUCCAGACACCCGCAAGAACUUUACCGAUCACCUCUACAAGGCCCUAAUUCAAGCAGGGAUUCACACAUUUAGAGAUGUUGAUGAAAUUCGGAGAGGAGAGAAUAUAGAUUUCGAGCUCCAGAAGGCAAUACAACAAUCAAAAAUAUCGAUAAUCGUGUUCUCCAAAGACUAUGCUUCGUCGAGAUGGUGCCUCGAUGAACUUGUAAUGAUCAUGGAACGAAAGAGGAAUGAUGAUUGCAUAGUUUUGCCAGUAUUCUAUGAUGUGGAUCCAUCCCAAGUCGGACGUCAAACAGGGAGCUUCGCUGCAGCAUUUAUGGAACAUGAAAAGCACUUCAACGAGGAGAAGGAGCGGGUGAGUGGGUGGAGGAUUGCUUUGAAAGAAGUUGCAGAUUUAGCUGGAAUGGUUUUAGGAGAUGGGUACGAGGCACAGUUUGUCCAAUCUAUUGUGGAGAAGGUCUCAAAGAACUUGGAUCGAAAACUAUUUCAUGUACCCCUUCAUUUCAUUGGAAGAGAUCCUCUAGUAAAUUAUAUCAACUCAUGGUUGCAAGAUGGGUCCCAUGAUGCUGCCAUUGCUAUACUCUAUGGAAUUGGUGGAGUUGGGAAGACAACCAUAGCAAAGAGUGUUUUUAAUCAGAAUAUUCAUAAAUUUGAAGGAAAGAGCUUCCUAUCAAAUUUUAGAUCAAAGGAUAUAGUUUGCCUACAAAGGCAACUUCUUUCCGACAUCCUAAAAAAGACUGUUGAUGAGAUAAAUGAUGAAGAUGAAGGAAUUCUGAAGAUUAAGGAUGCAUUAUGUUGCAGAAGAACUCUUAUUGUUCUAGAUGAUGUGGACAACAGGGACCAAUUCAAUAAAAUCAUUGGCAUGCAAAAUUGGCUUUGUAAAGGAAGUAAAAUCAUUGUAACAACCAGAAAUAAGGGUUUGUUUUCAGCUAAUGAUAUUGAGUGUGUCGAGUGCAAAGUUGAACCGCUAGAUAAUGAAAAAUCGCUUGAGCUUUUCAGUUGGAAUGCCUUUGGACAAGCUGACCCUGUUGAUGGUUUUGUAGAAGACUCUUGGAGAAUAGUACAUCAUUGUAAUGGACUUCCAUUAGCUCUUCGAGUUAUUGGCUCUUCAUUAUCCAGAAAAGGAAGAGAGAUAUGGGAAAGCGCAUUACAACAAAUGGAAGUGAUUCCUAAUUUUGAAGUUCAAAAGGUUCUUCGAAUAAGUUACGACUUUCUUGAUGGUGAUUAUCCAAAGAACUUAUUCCUUGAUAUCGCAUGUUUCUUCAAUGGAAUGGAUGUGGAUGAUGUAGUUAGGAUAUUGGAUGGGCUUGAUAAAGGUGCAAGAUUUGGGAUAGACAAUCUCAUCAAUAGAUGUCUUGUUGAAAUCAACAUUGAUCGAAGGCUGUGGAUGCAUCAACUAGUAAGAGAUAUUGGAAGGGAAAUUGCUCGUCAAGAAUCAACCAUAUGUCAAAGAAUAUGGCGUCACGAGGAUGCUUUUACAGUUUUGAAAGGAACUACUGAUGCUGAAAAAUUGCGUGGCCUUACCAUUGAUAUGCAUGCAUUAAUGGAAGAUAAUUUUACAGAAGUUGUCUGUACUGAUUCAAUGGUUCGCCGCAAGCGCCGCAGGCUUAACAUCUUUCAACUAUGGUUUUCUGACUUUUUCGAUGGGGGAAAAUUACAAACUGGCCAAACAAGUUUGUUUCCCAUCCUCAACACGGAUGCUUUUAGAAAGAUGCCAGAUUUUCUUCCAAAAUUGAAAAUUCUUGAUCUCCGUCACUCUCUUAAUCUCAUUAGAACCCCAGACUUCUUGGGUCUCCCAGCCCUUGAAAAGCUAAUACUUGAAGACUGCAUCCGUUUAGUUCAAAUUCACGAAUCUAUUGGUGAUUUACAAAGAUUGUUGUUCUUAAAUCUAAGAAACUGUACAAGUCUUGUGGAGCUUCCAGAAGAAAUGGGUAGAUUGAAUUCACUUGAAGAGCUGGUUUUAGAUGGUUGCUCAAAUCUUGACGGCUUGAAUAUGGAGUUAGAGCUUCAUCAGGGGCGCAACUUGCUUCAAAGUGAUGGAAUUGUUGCAAGUACAUCAUACAUUACAUCUCUUCCAUUGAAGCUAUUCUUUCCCUCUAGGUUUUCAGCGAGGAAAAUGUUGAGAUUUACCUUGUUUUCACUGCCACGCUCCUUAAGGAGACUAGAUUUAAGUGGAACAACAAUUCGUUCCCUUCCAAAAAGCAUCAAGGAUCUUGGUCUGCUCAUUGAUCUAUAUUUAAGAAAUUGCAAAAUGCUUCAGACACUCCCAGAGCUUCCAUCCCAUUUGUGGUCGUUAGAUGUGUCCUUUUGCUAUUCAUUGCAAAAACUUACAAAUCUAAACCCUUGGAUUAAAGCAGAUGGUUAUGAUCAAUUAGUCGAGUUCCAAGAUUGGAUGAAGCAAGACUCAAUCCAAAAGUUCGACUCACACAUGUUCAGGAUAAUGGAAAUGGUUAGUGCUCAAAUACAGCCAUCAAGAUUUGAGAUCGUAUAUAAAGAUGGCAAAUUCAAAGUUGUCGUAUUUGUAUAUGAUGAAGAUGAGAUGUUAAGGGGGUUUUGUGCGGAGGGAGAAGAGGAUAAAUGGCUAAUUCAGAAUGAGUUCGUAGAUAACUUUUCAUUCAAAAUAUCAUCACCUCCUGCGCACCGGAUAUGUGGCUUUAAUCUGUUCACAAGGUUUAGUGUGAUGUCAGGGUACAGUUGCUCUGAAAAACUUGGUAUUGAAAUCAGAAACAAUACCAGUGGCCAGUCCUUGCGUCGUCAAGCCCAUGUCUUAGAUAUGCGUUUCGAGGAUGAGGUUCGUGAAAUCCAAUCGCUAAGCCACUGGAAAUUAGGGGGCGAUGAUCCUACAUUUGAUAAUGGUGAUGACGUGAUAAUUUCAAUGGUUGUCACGUCAGCUAUUCAAAUAAGGACCGUUGGUGUAGAAUGGUUGCAUGAAGAGGAAGGAAAGGAUGAUGAUAUCCAAUCAAAGGAUGAAGUUAUCAAUGCCCACAACAGUAGCGAUGAUGAUGAUGCAGCACACGUAGCCAAAGUAGAAAUAGCUUCUCGCGGCCGACAGGCGAAUGGGUUUCUGUCGACGGUUGUGCAGCUGCUGGUGGCCGGUCUAUGCAAAGGAGAGCUUGUGGAUGAGGAAGGGGACGACGUCUGUGGGCGCUGUCAUGUGCGGGUUCCUGGGGCCGGUUGA